CCCAGCCAGCCGGUAGGAGGCGCUGCGUCCCACUAUUCCACUGAUCCUGCCCUCACGGUCACUCUGCUCAAACCUUGUUUGCGCAUGUUUUGCGCAAAGCCUUGUCUUGACUACCUCAACGAACUUGGUCUUUGAAAAGCUUUUCAAUACAUUUCGAGAGAAAUGGAUACAACACCUUUACAUACUUUUUCCGCUUUUAUGGAUUGUAAAAUAUAUAUGCUCGGUCAAUUGUGAAAAUUGGAUGAAAGCAGGGCAAUGGGCAAGCUCCAGUCCAAACAUGCCUCUAAACGCAGGGAGAGUCCAGAGGGUGGUAGUUUUGUUACAAACAUGCUCACGCGUCCAAAGGAUAUGGAGCGGAUGGAUAUCCCGAGGUACAAAAGUAAAUCCAAACAGGAACUGUGUGUAGGAGUUUUCUUGGAGCAUUCCCAACAGGGUCACGAUGGCAAACUGGAGGUGGCGUUACCUCCAGAGGGGACUCGUCCAGACCGGGCCCACGCGUGCCGUCUCCUAACCAGGAGACAGAGCCGGGCGAGGGCCAGCCGCGCCGGGGAAACAGAGUGUGGCCCAGCUGUGGAGGGGGAGGGGGAGGGGGAGGCAGCGCAGGAGUGGCUCUUCACUGUCUGUGACCUUGACAAGAGCGGCAAGGUCACCACACAGAACAUGUCCAGUCUCAUGCAUUCCAUCUGUGAGGUGAUGGAGUCAUCGGUCAAGCAGCCGUGCGACCCGAACGCAACCCUGAAUAUCAAACUAGUUGUAUCUCCAUCAUCAACAGCAGAGAAGAUCUCACAAACAUCAGGCUGUGGGCCGGGGGGUCAGGGGGCCGGCGGCCGGGCCACGAGCCCUUAUUGUGUGGACGAAAACGCAGAGCGCCGGAACCACUACCUGGAUCUAGCUGGCAUCGAGAACUACGCCUCCAAGUUUGACGAAGCAGCGUCCUGCUCCCCAGAGGCCGGUCAGGUCCCUUGCUCAGCUCCCCAGCGCCACCCUGUGGCCACCAGGGAGCACUGCAGCUCCUCCGCCCCUCAGAGGCGCGUCUCCUUCAGGGCUAGGACCAGGGAGCAGGGGGAGGAGCGGACCGGAGGAGGGGGCCUACGGUCCACCAGGGUCCACGGUCAUCAUCACCACCACCACCACCACCAGCCCCCUGCCACCUCGGGGCCCUGCCGCCUCGGGGCCCCGCCCUGCGCCCCCCCCCUGCUCCGGAGCCACAGCGGCAGGAGGCUCCGCUCCAGGGGACAGGACGCCGGCGGCACCCCCUCCCGACAGCCCUGUUGCCCGGCGCAGCACGCCGAGGGGGAGAGGGAGGCGCACCACGGCCCGCCUGCCGCCUGCUGUGGGGCCCCGGGGCCCCCAGCCCACAGGCACGAGCAUCACCAUCACCACGAACACCACCACCACCACCACCACCACUACGCCUCGUGACCCCGCAGGCCA